AUUGCGAUAUAAUGCAGCAUAAUCCCUGUAUAUACCUGCAUUGUAAGCUCGAUCUCGCUGCGUGGUAGCUACAUAUGCUUGUAUGUCAGACAUGAAGGCGUCCCUUCAUCUAGGUAGUGCCCAAUGAAGAUCCCUAAAAGUGUACAAGAUAUGUAUCGACGGCGGUCUCGGAUCAUGGAGGAACUAAUCAAGAAAGCACUUGAAGAAAAUGGGGCUACGAGGAGGCCCUUCGACGCCGUUCCGUGGAAACCCGAUCAGCCGUAUGCACAGCCCUUUUUCACACACGACCGCUCUAAACAAGCAUGGACACCGGCGAAUCCCAAGCCGUUACAGGAGGGGGGAAGUGGAAGUGGAAUCAACCGGCUGAGGCUGUACAGCUGGAACAUCGAUUUCAUGCUACCGUUCGCGAAAGCGAGGAUGAGCGCCGCGCUAGACCAUCUCAACGGUCUAACGAGCAACCUACCAUCCACAACCGCCUCCGUCAUCUUCCUGCAAGAGUGCAUCGAAGAAGACCUCGAGACGAUCGGCGAAAAUGAAUGGGUGAGGGAUAAAUUUAACGUAACAGACACCGACGGCAGCAACUGGCAAACCCACUACGGCACCACCACGCUAGUCGACCGCCGCCUAGACAUCACGGCCUGCUUCCGGGUGCACUAUGCGCAGACACAGAUGGGGCGCGACGCCCUAGUCGUAGAAACAGCGCUGGACGCGCCCGGCAGCGGCGCACCUAAGACCCUCCGCCUGUGCAACUCGCACCUGGAGUCGCUGGCGCGCAAGCCGCCGCUGCGCCCGGCGCAAGUACGAGUCCUAGCGGCGCAGAUGCGUGCGCCGGGGGUGCACGUGGCGCUCGCGGCGGGGGACUUCAACGCGAUCCAGCCGUUUGACCGGACGCUGCACGCGGACAACGGGCUCAAGGACGCGUAUCUGGAGCUGGGGGGCCGCGAGGACAGCGACGCCGGGUACACGUGGGGCCAGCAGGCGGCGACGAAGACGCGGGCGCGGUUUGGGUGCUCGCGCAUGGAUAAGGUGUAUUUUACGGGGGGGCUGGAGGUGCGCGGGUUUGAGAGGUUCGGGGCGGGUGUGCAGUUUAGUGGUGAGCGGGAGCGCAGGGAGAUGGAGGAGUUGGGGUUUGAGAAGCCGUGGAUUACGGAUCAUUUGGGCGUCGUGGUGGAGGUUGAGGUUGUUGAUUGAGAAUGGAUAUGGAUAGAUAGGGUGGCUUGGGGGGUUGAAAGUGUGUAUAGGAUACAAGAAAUGAGAUGUCUUGCUAUCUUUAUAUGAGAUUACGGGAUCUUAGAAGCAUCUAACCUAGGUUAGGUUACUUACUUUAUAGUAGUAUGCCUCUUAUGUGAAAAAUAGGGGCUAUGAGUUAUACGUCUAGUUUUGGGAUCUCAUCAAAUAACAGGUAGUUAAUCUUUUAUGGGAAUUUGCAAUUACAUUUCCCC